CUGUUUUUGUGACGCAGUUUAUUGACAAAAUGCAGCGUGAGAUCAACAGGUCUAAAUUGUAUACAGAAACUAUUGGAAUCAUAUGCAAAUCAGAAUAAAAGUGGAGAUGAUGAUUCUGCUGCUGUCGUGACAUCAAGGGGAUAUUUAAUGUCUGUGUAAAUGUGUUUUGUAAGGAUCUAUCGAAUGUAGUCCUGUCAAACUGUGUCAAUUUUUAAUCCAUAAGUCUGUGCCAACCAAUCAUCCAGGAUCUUUUGAAUAUUGUACUUUGCUCAGUAACAAUAGUUAAAGAUGUUUACAAGAUUUAUAAGGUUUGCCUCAUUUAUAAGAUUUCAAAAGAAAUCAUUAGGUUAUGUGCUUACUAGGCUAGAAAAGGAAUAUUAUAGUAGAGCAAGAUACAAAGCAAUUGCUCCAACAACUCCGCUCUAUUUGGCAGCCUUAUGGGGAAUCACUCUAAAAAAAGUUGACGACAAAUCUUCUUUGACAGCUAAGGAGUUACUUAUUGCUAAAGCUGAUGCUUUGUUUGAUCAGGAAGAUUACAAGGAAAUCUAUAAACUACUUAGCAGUUAUAAGGAUAAUAAAGAUGUUGAGAUAUUGUGGCGAUUGAGUCGAGCACUUUACAAAAUGUCAAAAUUAGAAUCCAAGGACUCUGAGGCACAAAAGUUGAUUUAUGAAGCCUAUGAUUUAAUAUCUGAGGCGCUUAAAUUACAAGAUGAUCAUUGGGCUGUCCACAAAUGGGUUGCUAUUUUAUUGAACUCAAAGACUGCAUAUGAAGGAACUAAAAUAAAAAUAAAGGAAUUGUACAAUAUCAAAAGACACAUGUUGAGAGCCUCGGAACUCAAUCCUAAUGAUGCAACCACAUUGUACAUGAUUGGUAAUUGGUGUUAUCAAGUGGCAGAUUUGGCUUGGUAUCAAAGAAAAAUAGCUGCUGCAAUUUUUGGUGAACCACCAACUUCUAGCUUUGAAGAAGCUUUACAUUAUUUUGAACAAGCAGAACGAGUAGAUCCGAAUUUCUAUGGGCAUAAUUUAUUGAUGCUUGGGAAAACAUAUCUGAAACUCAAUAAAAAAGAAGAUGCCUUAAAGUAUUUGAAAAUGGCAUCAGAGUAUCCAGCUAAGAAUGAUGACGAUCAUGAAGCCAAACAGGAAGCUCUGAAGAUUUUGAACAGUCUCUGAAGCAAUCAUCUACUAAUGUCUUCUUCACCUGACCAUCUCUGCUUAAUUUCUUAUUGAUUAAGUGCUGUUGCACUCUCUAGAACCUAUUGGCUAGAUGUUAAGGAUGUGGGUUACAAAUAGUUUUAGAUAACGUCUAAUAAAGUUGCCUCUUACUCUUGUCAUAUAAAACACUGGGAUAAGUAAUAAGUGUCCAGGCAUUUCAAGUCUGAUUUCUGUCAUGCACAACCUAUUGAAAGUGAUAACUAAUUUUUAAUGCAUGCAUGUAAUUUUUUACUACGUGCAAUAUAGCUCUUCUAUAUGCAUAACUUUUUUAUACACAAUUUUUACAAUACAUUUUUAUAAAUAUACACUAUUGAAGUAUUA